UUUCAUUGUUAUAUCGCUAAAUGUUCGCGCUGCAGGAGGCUACCGAGUGUUUCAGGCCCUUCAUUUUACGUGUGUUGGGCAGCUUUUAUACGUGCCCUCCAUCCCGGUUGGGUGGCCGAGCCGGGGUCUGCUGGCGAGAGUUAUGACCGGGAUGUUGUUGACAGGACUGUGUUGACAAGUCAAUCUGCUCUCCAGUCUCACCGAGGCAGCUGCUGCCGGACACGGAUUCCUCUUCCAGAGUUCACAGACGAGUGGAAAUCUUUAAAUGUCCCACGGUGGCGAGAACUCACGUGACAACCAGGGACACGCCAAAAUGAGUUCUGUGCCCUCGUGACGUCACGCUUAAACUAGUUCUUUAAGCAUCUCCUGUCCAAUGAGAAUAUUCAUCAUGGUUUGCAUCAUUUUGAUGAUAAUAAUCGUUAAACACCAUCUGGUAUGUCAAUGUAACGGUAAUGACAGUGUAAUAAUAUGAUAUAUGAUUAUAUAUCAACCUACGCCUGCGUUGGUGAUGCACAUGUGAAUGAAGUGGACCUAAUCUUACUACCGUAAUUUCCAAACUAUAGAGCGCACCAGAAUAUUACCCGCACACACUAAAUAAAGAAGGAAAAUAGUUCUUGUUCAUGCAUAAGCUGCACCGGUCUAUAAGCCGUUGAUAGGUCAGUGGUGCGCUAGUUUUGAAAACAGGGUCCAGCAUCAAGACUCAUGAAGCAAACUGGAGAGCCAGCUGCUCCCUGGGAACAACUUCACCACUGAGUGCAACAUCCCUGGAAAUUUCAUGUGUGGAGAUGGAAAGUGUGUCCCGGGUGGAUGGCAGUGUGAUGGGUUACCUGACUGCUUCGACAAGAGUGAUGAAAAAGGCUGCCCUAAGGUCAAGUCGAAGUGCGCCCCUACAUUCUUCGCCUGUGCUAAUGGUGUCCACUGCAUAAUCGGACGCUUCCGAUGUAACGGCUUUAGUGACUGUCCCGACGGCAGCGACGAGGAAAACUGUACAGACAACCCAUUGGUGUGCUCGGAGGCUCGCUUCAAGUGUCGGAAUGGUCGCUGUGUGGACCGCAGCUUCUUGUGCAACGGCGAGGACAACUGUCAGGACAACAGCGAUGAAGAGCUCUGCCUGACGACAGCAGAGUCCCCGGGCCAGGACUUUGUCACCCUGGAUUACCGCCUCCGUUACUACCCGAGCAUCACCUACGCCGUCAUCGGUAGCGCCGUCAUCUUCGUCCUGGUGGUGGCGCUGCUGGCCCUGGUGCUGCAUCACCAGAGGAAGAGGAGCGUCCUCCUGCCCAGGGGCGUACGAGGAGGCUCCCACCAUCACCACCACCAGCCGCUGCUCUUGUCCCGGCUGGUCAUCUUGGACCGAGGCCACGUCCCCGGUGGCUCCCCCGCCGCGGCCGCCCAGUACUCCUCAUCCUCUCAGGCGCUGCAGCUGCUGUCUGGGUCGCUGUAUCCUUCUGGGCUGUCAUUAGACUCCCCGCCUUCGUACUCGCAGGCAGUUCUGGAUGUCAGCCGCCCCCCCUGGUUCGACCUGCCUCCACCUCCGUACCUCCAAAACGCUGCUUCAGAGGCGGAGCUGCCACAGUACGAAGCCCCACCACAACCUCCGGCGAACCCGUCUGCACCACAAACUCAGGGCUCAGACUCAACAGUGGUGUCUAGUCACCUGUAGCUGCCCGACAACUGGACUGAGAGGAGAAGCCCACGCUGGCGGGCGGUGUGACACGGCUUGUCGAUGCUUUGGCUCCCUCUGCUGGACAUUUUUCAUUCAACAGCAUCUCAUGACUGUUAGUCUAGAUUGUGAUUUCUUUUGGAUUUAAUCAAUCCUAAUUCAUGUUUUUUUUCCACUGUGUAGGAUAUUUUAUACUGUAGCAAUUCAGAAGUUUUGUUCUUCCUGUUGAAGUUUUGGAAGAAUUUGACUGACAACAUGCACAAGAUGGCUGUCGUCACAGCUACGCCUCACGUUGCGGUAGUUCACAGGCUAUUAACAGUCGCUGUACAAAGAACCUUCGCCAGUCACUUAGAACAACCAGACUUUGUUGUAGGGGUGUUAAAGGGCCAUUUAGUUGAUCAAUCAUUCCAGGAAAAUAAAUUCUACUGAAGACCAA